CGGUCCAGACCCACGUGCCGGCGGGAGUGCGCUCCAGCCCCAUGCGCUGCGUCGCGGGGCCCACAGAGGGCGCACCGGGGUCGGGUCGCUCCGGCACCUUAUAGCGCUCGGUCCUCGCUGGUCGCGCCUAGUGAGCGUCCGGGAGCAGGACUUUGACGGGGCCGCGUCGCGCUGCGAACAGGGAGAGGUGGAGGAACGGAUUUCUCCUUUUUGGAUUCCUCUUCCUUUUCUCUUUGGAGAAUUUUUUUUUCUCUCUCUCCCCCAGGACCCGAUUGCCUGCGUCCUGCCAUCUGCCGAGGAUGCGCGGUGGAUUGCUCUUGUUGCUUCUCACCCAGGCCGCCUCGGCCUCGGCUCCGACCGGUAACUGCGGGGGGAAUAUAACGGUAGAGGAGCCGGGCUACCUGACCUCCGCCGGCUAUCCCAUCACCUACCCGCCCUCCCAGCGGUGCGCCUGGGCGAUAACCGCCUCUGAGCCCGGUCAGAGGAUCCUCGUCAACUUCAAUCAGCAUUUCUAUCUGGAGGACAGAGGCUGCAAGUACGACCACGUGGAGGUUUACAACGGCGGGGAUGAGCUUUCGCCCUUGUUGGGAAGGUUUUGCGGGAAUGUCGCGCCGUCCCCGAUCGUCUCCGGCGGGAACCGGCUCCUCAUCAAGUUUGUCUCUGACAACGAGACCCAGGAGGCAGGAUUCUCCCUUCGCUACGAGGCCCUCCAGAAAGGCCCAGAGUGUUCCAGAAACUUCACGGCUCCCCGGGGCGUCAUCCAGACGCCCGGCUUCCCCGAGCACUACCCCAGCAACCUGGACUGCACCUUCGUGAUCUUCGCCCCCGAGGCGUCAGAGAUCGCGGUGGAGUUCGACAGCUUCGACGUGGAGCCCGACGCCAAGCCGCCGCCGCCGCCGGGCGCCCUCUGCCGACACGACCAGCUGGAGAUCUGGGACGGCUUCCCUGCAGUGGGUCACCACAUUGGCAGAUACUGUGGUCAGACCUCCCCGGGACGCGUGAUCUCCCACACCGGCAUCCUGUCCAUGACCCUCAUCACUGACAGCUCCAUCGCCGGAGGGGGAUUCUCCGCCAACUACACCAUCCACAGCAGGGGAGCCUCCCCUUCGGCCCGGCUGGAUCAAUGAUGAGAAAUAAAGGAGUUCGGAUUUCAUUCGUCUUUAGGAAGGACCAGGGUUGAUUGCCUGGAUAAUUGUGUGUGUUAUUUGUCUUGUGUAGUAUAAAAGUACUAGUACAGACCCCAAAAAUUGGCUCAUCCGCUGCUGAUUACCCUGAUAAUUACUGGAGGAAACUGUGAUGUUCAUGUAAACAAUACUUGGACUGUUAUGUAUUCAAUAAAAUAUAUUCCUUAUAGGCAGAAACGGCACGUUUAAUCAUAAGUUUGCACAGAGUGGUGGAGGAGAGAGAGAAAUCCUCCUGAUCCGCAGGUUCCUAAAGGCCUGAGGAAGCAAAUGUGUUAUCUUUCAAGGUUAGCGAGGGAGAGAGCGGAGACAGGUACACUAUUGUGCCAGUUUGCAGGUGGGAACUUGCCUGAUAAGGACGAGCAGCUCCGAUAAUUGGGUGUCUUCCUAGCAACCGCCAUAGUCAUGACUCAGCAAUAUUUUAGAAUUAGCCCAAAUCAGACAACUCCGUGUAUAACUGUUGACCAAUCAGUAAUAUUCGCCUCGGUCCUGGAGGAGCAUGGAGCGUGAGGGAUGAAAGAAUAUGUCGGAAAAGAGAUUCUUGCUCUGUCCCCUUCGCAUGUCAGAUUUGUACUUUGUACUCUGUUAUU